UAUAAGUGGGAGGGGCUAUCAUGCAGCAUACUCGUACUCCACGUGGUUAGGCUUCAUAGCUUCUCAAUGUGGUAUGCUCAUCACUGGCCUGAGAAUUGUAAGGCUUUCUUUGUGGAGACUAACAAGAUCAAUCAACACUAGGGGAAGCAGAAUGGCGGACAAUUGUGACAAGCCCAAGACUCCCAAACAACUGGAGAAGGAGCGACUCAAGAGAGAGAAAGCUGCCAAGUAUGCUGAGAAACAAGCCAAGCUAGCGGCAGCCACCAAGACAGAGGGGGAGGCUACAAAGGGCAAAAAGAAAGCUGUCGGCAAGCAAGUGGUGACGUAUGACAUCCCCACAGCACUUGGGGACAAGAAAGAUGUCUCACGGUGUAUGCCUGCUGGCUACAGUCCGGUGUAUGUAGAGGCUGCGUGGUAUCAAUGGUGGGAGAAACAAGGAUUCUUCAAACCAGAAUAUGGUCGCUCGAGUGCUAAUGAGGUAAACCCUAAGGGAACGUUCAUGAUCUGUCUACCUCCUCCCAAUGUCACUGGCAGCCUCCAUCUUGGUCAUGCCCUCACCUGUGCUAUACAAGACUCCAUUGUCAGAUGGCAGCGUAUGCGUGGGUUGACUACACUCUGGAACCCAGGUACUGAUCAUGCUGGUAUAGCCACUCAAGUAGUGGUGGAGAAGAAGCUCAAGAGAGAGAAGGGAUUGUCCCGUCAUGAUGUGGGGAGGGAAGGGUUCGUUGACGAAGUCUGGAAGUGGAAGCAUGAGAAGGGAGAUCGCAUCUACCAUCAGUUGAGGAAGUCAGGUUGUUCUCUAGACUGGGACAGAGCUGUCUUCACUAUGGACGAGAAAUUGUCACGAGCUGUUAAAGAAAGCUUUGUGAUGCUUCACGAUGAGGGGAUCAUAUACCGAAGCAACCGUCUGGUCAACUGGUCCACCCGCCUCAAGUCAGCCAUCUCUGAUAUUGAGGUGGACAAGAUGGAACUGAGUGGGCGUACAUUAUUAGCUGUUCCUGGAUAUGAUCAGAAGAUUGAAUUUGGUGUCCUCGUCUCAUUUGCUUAUCCUGUCAUCGGAUUGGAUGCUGAGAUUGUCGUGGCAACCACUCGUAUUGAGACCAUGCUUGGAGACACUGCCGUUGCUGUACAUCCCCAUGACGAUCGUUACAAGCAUCUGGUUGGUCGGAAGCUAGCGCAUCCAUUCUGUGAUCGAGAGUUGGUGGUUGUGGCUGAUGAGAUGGUGGAGAUUGGGUUUGGUACUGGAGCAGUUAAGAUCACCCCAGCACAUGAUCACAAUGAUUACGAGUGUGGCAAGAGGCACAGUCUACCCUUCGUGCAGAUGAUCGAUGAUGAUGGCAACAUCACUGACGUCUGUGAGCAGUUCAAGGGCAUGAAGAGAUUCCUGGGACGUACUGCCAUCCUAGAAGCUGUGAAGGAGAAGGGCUUGUACAGAGGUACACAAGAACAUGCUAUGGUGGUCCCUGUGUGCAGUAGGAGCAAGGACAUUGUGGAGCCACUCAUUAAGCCUCAGUGGUAUGUCAACUGUGACGAGAUGGCAGCCAGCGCUGUACAGGCUGUGCGCAGUGGUGAACUGAAGCUCAUUCCAAAGAUGCAUGAUCGGACAUGGUACUCAUGGCUGGAGAACUCUCGUGAUUGGUGCAUAUCACGACAGCUCUGGUGGGGUCAUCGUAUCCCAGCGUACUUUGUCACCUUUACUGACCCCUCUCUGCCCACUGGAGAUCCUAAUGAAGGCUCUCACUGGAUAAGUGGUCGCACUGAAGAGGAGGCUCUGAGCAAAGCUGCUAUCAAGUUCAAUGUACACAAGGACAAGAUUAUCCUUCAGCAAGAUGAGGAUGUGCUGGAUACCUGGUAUUCAUCUGGUCUAUUCCCAUUCUCCAUAUUUGGAUGGCCUGAUCAAACUCCAGACCUCAAGACAUUUUAUCCCAACCAGCUCCUCGAGACAGGACAUGAUAUCUUGUUCUUCUGGGUGGCUAGAAUGGUGUUCUUUGGUCAGAAGCUGAUGGGAGAGCUGCCCUUUUCUGAGGUGUACCUCCAUGCCAUGGUGAGGGAUGCUCAUGGUCGCAAGAUGAGCAAGAGUCUCGGUAAUGUCAUCGACCCUCUAGAUGUCGUGCAAGGAAUAUCAUUGGAGGGCCUGCACCAACGGCUAGCUGAGAGCAAUCUUGAUCCCAAGGAGAUUGACCGCGCCAAACAAGGACAGAAAGCAGACUACCCUGAUGGCAUACCGGAGUGUGGUACUGAUGCCAUGAGGUUUGCCCUGUGUGCCUACACUGCUCAGGGGAGGGACAUCAACCUGGAUGUCAACAGAGUCGUGGGAUACAGGCACUUCUGUAACAAGCUCUGGAAUGCUGUCAAGUUCUCCAUUGAGAAUGCACUGGGAUCAGACUACCAACCAAAACCAUCCUCUCAGCUCAGUGGAGAUGAGUCUCCUAUGGACAAGUGGAUUCUGAGCAGACUGGCUAUGGCUGUACAAGAGUGCAACACUGGCUUCAAGGACUACAACUUCCCACAAUCCACCACUGCCCUGUUCAACUUCUGGCUGUAUGAGUUGUGUGAUGUGUACUUGGAGGUUAUCAAGCCUGUCGUGUAUGGCAGUCAAGAGGGACCCAAGGCUGCAGCCAGAGCUACUCUAUACACGUGUCUGGAAACAGCUUUGAGACUCAUUAGUCCAAUCAUGCCAUUCCUCUCAGAGGAGCUCUGGCAGAGGUUGCCACGACGACCCGGAGACACCACACCCUCUGUAACUGUAGCAGAAUACCCUGAACAAGCUCCCACUGGCCGAGAGGAGAGUCUAGAUGCUCGUGUUGGGCUCAUGCAAGAGGUGGUUAGGGUCAUAAGGUCACUCAAACAAGACUACCUACCACCCAAGGCUAGGCCAGAAGUGUAUCUUGUGUGCAAGAACGCAGAGACAAAGGAAACAUUGGGAGAAUUUGUUGAUUUUAUUCAAACGCUGAGUCAUGUGGGUAUGGUCCACUUGACCUUUGACCCUGCUCCUAACGGCUGCACCAUGGCAACAGUGGGUAGUAGCUGUGAGGCCCACCUCCUCCUCAAGGGAAUGGUGGACGUGGGGAAGGAGGUAGCAAAGAUCGAGGGGAAGAUUGGGAAACUGGACAGUCAAUUGGAGAAACUCAUGAAAGCCAUGAGCAUUGCCAACUAUCAGGAGAAGGUACCUAUUGAGGUUAAGGAUGCGAACAAAGACAGGAUGGCCUCCUUGGAACAAGAGAAGUCACUUCUGGAGAGUGCAUUGACACAGUUGGGAAAUAUUGAACAGAACUAAAGAGUCUAGUAGAAUUGGAACAGAUGAUGUAUUACAGUACAGUAGUACCUGUGCAUGAGUUGCAUGGGCUCAUAUUUUUGAUCAUUA